AAAGAGAGUUUUCAUAUUGGAUUUGUGUUUAUUGCUUUUGCCUUCACGAUUAAAUGUCAGCUGCCAUUAGGGAUCAUUACGUGUACUCUAUCAAGCUGACAUGGUAAUCUUUUACGAAUGGCCGUGCCGUUUCUAAUUUCGCUAACCUACCUCUUAACUGAGUAACGCAUUUCGUGCGUAUUAGUGCCACUCCACGAGAAUUCCCGUUACUGUUUUGUCUUAAAUGGGAAGUUAACCAAAUUCGUAAGAAACCGAGACGAUAUUUUCUGCUGCCGCGAUCUCAAGUGUUUCCGACUGAUUGUCUCUGUGACAAUUAACGUUUCACUGCCUGUUUAAAAGCAACUCUUACCGCCCUCUUUCUCUAGACGAUCUCUCAUUUGAUCGUAACUGACUCUUUUACGCAAAAGGACGAGGCCACUAAGGAUUUGGUUGUCAUCAUGAUAGACUUCAGGAAAUAUGUAGCUAUACUUCUAGGAGUCGCUUUCUUCAGCAUUUCUAUGCUGUACUAUUUCCCUCGCCAAUUUCACGUAGUUUACAAUCAAGCGGUGAAAGACGACUCGUCUCCGUCCAUCGCCCCCGACAUGGACUCGGAAACACACGAUCUGAUUGACUUCGGGAAUUUCGAUAAUAAGUCAAAGACGAUCUUAUUCUGGACGACUUUUUACGGUGCAAACGUCUGGAGUAAAAUACGAAUGGAUUUGAAUGAAAGCUGUCCGGACAGCAAUUGCCGAGUGACAACGGAUCGACGCUUGCUGAACGAAAGCGACGCUCUUAUUUUUCAUUUUUGGCACGAUGAAUUAGAUAGUCUACCGUCGUUUCGCAGGCCCGAUCAACGCUAUGUCUAUUUGAAUUUCGAAUCGGGCCUUCGCAGUCGGGAUUAUUUUCCGUGGAAAAAAAUUCCGCCUAACUUUUUUAAUUGGACGGCCACUUAUCGACUGGACUCUGAUUUCUUUGGCAACAUGUUUUACGGCUUUCGGUUUGAAAACAAAAGUUCAGUUGCAAUGAGGCCAAACAAUUUGACGAACCACUACGGCCUUAACAUUACGUCCAAAACGAAAAUGGCCGCUUGGUUUGUGAGCAAUUGCCAAACGUCAAUCAAUCGCGAAGGUUACGUGCGUGAACUUUCACGUCACAUUCAAGUGGACGUGUUUGGCAAGUGUCUGGAGAAUCACAAAUCUUGUCCCAUACCGAGGAACCCUCAGAACCAGCCGCUGUAUUACGAAAAAACGGAUUGCGAGGGGAUGCUCGAACGAGAUUACCUGUUCUACCUGAGUUUUGAAAACUCAUUUUGCCCUGAUUAUGCCUCUGAAAAGUUCUUUCGAGCCUUUCAAUCGGGUAUCGUGCCGGUUGUUUUUGGCGGAGCCAAUUAUUCGUUACUGGCUCCGCCGCAUUCUUACAUCAACGCGCGCGAUUUUCAAACGCCUCAAUUGCUGGCGGAAUAUUUAGUCAAAUUGAGUCUGAAUCUUGAUCUUUAUUCGCGCUUCUUUGAUUGGAGGGGGGAAUUCGAUUUAAAGCGCGAUUCCGGCUGGUGUAACUUGUGCAAAAUGCUCAACGAUCCGCACGCGGAAGCGAAAAGUUAUCCAGUCAUCGAGACGUGGUUUUUCGAUAAAUACCCGUGUGAAAAUUACCGUUGGACGAACCCAACAACCAAUUAGUUGUUCUUGUUCCGCCGCUUUCCGCUCGCGUUUUGCCAUCAAAUCAUUUUUCUUUUUAAGUAUCGAUUGAUUACACCCACUUUAUUUUGUUUUUAUUGGUUGGUUAUUUACCGAUGACGUCAAAAUACUAAUCGUAAAAAAAAAUCGCUUUGCUCUUGUCGCCAAUUGCAUCGUUAAAGUUUAGGUUUACACCUUUGGUGCUAGCACGAAUCGCUCGUUAAACGUUAACGUUCCCUGACUCUCUGUUGACCAUUUUUCAAUACGAUCACAUGUCGUCCACUUGUAAUGUUCAUGUUACGCCAAUUCUCCACAGUUUUGUACUUGGGAAAAAUCAAUGUCGAUGUCCAGUUAAAUUUUGGUAUGCAAAAAAAAAAAAAAAAAAAAAAUGUUAUGUUGCUCAAACGAAAAUGUAUUGAGCUGCGUUUGAAGCUGCCCGGCUUUUCGGUCGUUCACCGCUACUACCGCAAUAAAUAUUUCAACGGGAUAGAAUUACGU